AUUUUACAGAGCAGUGCGCGCGUGUUAUUAUUUAAUAUUUUUUUGUCUGUGGCAUUGAAUUCGUAAGAACCAAGUUCCAGAGAUGUCUGACAGACGGAUAUGCGGGCUACAGCUGGGUUCUGUUUGGGUCAUAGCUGUUCUGAUGUAUCUUAUCGACAUGUCUACAGCAGCUCUAGACGGCUAUGUUCCAGGUGAAGACUACCCAGCCUUCGAAGAAGUCCCAAAGGGCCUGUCGUUCACCUGCGAUGAUAAGAUACCUGGAUACUAUGCUGAUCCAGAGACCAGUUGCCAGGUAUGGCAUUGGUGCGUACCCAGCAUUGGCGGUAACAUCUUGUACUCCUUCAUAUGCGCCCCUGGUACCGUCUUCAACCAGAGGACGAGGGUCUGUGAUUGGUUCUUUGCGGUGGACUGUCCUAAUUCUCCAGCCUUCUACGGUGUAAACGAAGAUUUGUACAAAGAUGAAGCCGGCAACUACAUUGCUGGGAAAAAGAAGUAGAUCUGUCUAUCGCUAUAUUUUAUACGGAUAAACUUUUUAAUUUAGGUGUCAUAAAUAUAGGAGAACUGUGGGCUACGAAGGGUGAUAGUUAAUAACAUUUAACAUAUAGUUAAAUUGGAAAUAGUCAACUUCUUUAUGACCUGUAUUCAUUUGAAAACGCUAAAAGUGCACGCGUGAAUUUUUAUAAUAGCAAAUUUGUAGAACUCCGUUUUAAUUUAAAAUUUUAACUUCUCUUUAUUCAUGACUAGAUACUAAAAAUGUACUAAAUAUUUUCAGUCAUCAAAAUGUGUUUCUGUAAAACCAGUUCACACUCACACAUGAAUGCUAGUUUUCAGUGACCUUAUUGCCCGAAAAAAGUAUAUAAGUGGCAAAACAUCUUAUGAUUAAGACGUUGCUAAAUAUUUGAGGUAUAGUGGAUAUUUUUAAUAAUAUAUGACUAGUACAAUAAUGAGAAAUGUUAAAAAUUAACCUAGUACUUGGUAUCAUACGUCGUAGCCCCAUCCAUUUCGUUCGUUUCGUCUGAAAAUAUUAACAUAUUUUUCAGUUAUAUUAAGUGCCACAAAAUAUGUGAAAGAAUAACUUGUAAACUAAGUUAGUUUGCUGUUUAAAAUAAGUCAUACUUAGUUACCAUUAACGAUAAGCAAAACCGUACAAA